AUGGAGAUUGUAGACAACGACGAUGUGACUAGUUGUUCCCUAUCACCAACAGUGGGAAUUCAAGAGAAUGAUGACAUUUUAGGUGAUGAACAACCAAGUCAAGUUCUUCAAGACAAUGCCCAGAUUAGUGAGGCUUCAAUAGAUGUGAGUUUUGAGUUUACUGAUGACUAUCAUGACAGUACCCAUUUCGACAAUGUGCAGUCAAACGAUGUCAAUUUCAAUCUAUCGUCGUCUCGUCAUAACAAGCGUAAAAGCAUACAAGACUAUGAUAAUAUUGCAGAUUUGAAUAUAGAUGGAGAUAUUAUGGUCGGACAAUUGUACUCGAGUAAGAAAGAGUUGCAAAAACAAUUAGCUAUGAUUGCAAUGAGGAAGAAUUAUGAAUUUAAAGUGGAAAGAUCAACUAAGGAUCAUUUGGAAAUUAGAUGUGUGGAUGAUAAUUGCGAGUGGCGACUUCGUGCAACCAAGUUACAAGUGUCAGAAUUUUUUGAAUCAAAGAAUGAGGGGGCAUCACGUGUAUAUAGACCUAAAGACAUCAUUGAGGAUAUGCGAGCACAAGUUGGGGUUAAUAUGAGCUACGAGAAAGCUUGGAGAGCAAGAGAGCACGCAUUUGACAUGAUCCGAGGGUCGCCAGAGGAAUCUUUUGCCGCACUUCAUGCCUAUUGUACCAUGUUAGAAAGUAAAAACCCUGGGACAAUAACACAUAUAGAAACAGAUGACAAUAAUCACUUUUUAUACUUUUUCAUGGCAAUGGGAGCCUCUAUAAGGGGAUUUCGUGGUUCUAUGAGGCCUGUGGUAGCAGUUGAUGGGACUUUUCUAAAGGGUAAAUAUCUUGGCACCUUAUUUGUUGUUGUAUGCCAUGAUGGACAAAAUCAAAUAUAUCCUUUAGCAUUUGGUGUGGGUGACUUAGAAAAUGACGCUUCAUGGACAUGGUUUCUUACAAAAUUGAGAAGUGCCAUUGGAGAGGUAGCAGACUUGGUGUUUGUAUCUGAUCGACAUGGAAGUAUUGGUAAAGUUGUACAAACUGUGUUUCCAGAGGCAUAUCAUGGAGCUUGUAUGUAUCAUGUAGCUGGCAACAUGAGGAAUAAAUUUGGUGAUGAUGAAACGAUGUUUAAGUUAUAUUACACUGCGGCAAAAGCAUACCUUGUGUCAGAGUUUAAUAGUGUUAUGACUGAUAUUUGGGCAAUCAAAGAUGAAAAAGUAGGAAAUAUCUUCAAGAAAUUAGGUAUCAUAGAUGGGCUCGGGCACAUUUCAGUGGAAAACGAUAAAACAUGA